AUGGAGCAACUGAUUCCUAUCGCAUCCAAGCUUCAAGAUGUUCUCGGUGCCUUGGGACAGACCACUGCAAUUGAUUUGCCUCAGAUCGUAGUUGUUGGCGGACAGUCAUCCGGAAAAUCAAGUGUACUGGAGGCCAUUGUAGGACGAUCUUUUCUUCCACGAGGAUCUGGCAUUGUGACACGAAGACCCUUGGUUCUUCAGCUUUUCAACACUAGUCAUGAUGGCCAAAGCGAAACGGAAUUUGGAGAGUUCCUGCACCAACCCGGAAAGAGAUACCAUGACUUUGUGUCCAUUCGCUCGGAGAUUGUGAGAGAAACUGAGAGGCUCACAGGUCCCAAUAAGGGAAUCGACCACGCACCAAUCCACUUGAAGAUUUACUCUCCCGAAGUGCUGUCUCUGACUCUGGUAGAUUUGCCUGGAAUUGCCAAGGUCCCAGUUGGAGAUCAGCCCGAAAACAUUGAAGAACAGAUUCGGGAAAUGUGUAUGGAGUACAUCUCCAAUCCAAACGCAAUCAUCCUGGCUGUCACCAGCGCCAACCAAGAUAUCGCAAACUCUGACGCGUUGAAGCUGGCACAAGCUGUCGAUCCUCAUGGAACCCGUACUGUGGGCGUCUUGACCAAACUAGACCUCAUGGACGAUGGCACUGAUGCCAGCGACAUUCUCAUGAACCGAGUCAUCCCACUUCGCAGAGGCUAUGUCGCGGUUGUAAACCGUGGACAGAGAGACGUCAAUAACGACCUUAGCAUUCAAGAUGGUCUCAAGAAGGAGGAAAGUUUCUUUCGAGCACACUCUGUGUAUGGAAGAGAUCGCCAGCUGCUUGCCAAGUGUGGAACCAAACGUCUUUCACAACACCUCAAUACUAUGCUGAUGCACCACAUUCGAGAUUGCUUGCCUGAUCUCAAGAAUCGAAUCAUCAACAUGGCUGUGGAUGUAAACCAAGAACUCGAGGCUCUCGGCACCCCUGCCUCUGUGGCGUCGGGACCUUCGUCAGGUGGUGAAUUGCUAAGGCUUCUUUCCAAAUUUUCCACCAAUUUCACGGCAAUCAUCGAGGGUAGAGGAGGGCAGAACGAUCUUAGAGGACAACGCUCCAAGUGCGACCCUUUCAGAGAACUCUUUGGUGGAGCCCGUAUCUCUACUAUCUUCACAGAGGUAUUCGCUGCUACAAUCUUUGGUGUUGGUCCCUUUGAUGGGCUCUCUGAUGAAGAAAUCAGGACAACAAUAUGCAAUGCUCACGGAACGCGACCCGCUUUGUUUGUUCCCGAGGUGUCGUUUGACAUUCUCAUUCGCCGCCAAAUUGCGCGUCUCGAACAGCCGGGAGUUCAAUGCGUUGAUCUGGUCUAUGAAGAGCUCCAGAGGAUUUCCUCUCAAUCGGAGCCAUCUGAAUUGACCAGAUUUCCGACUCUACGUGACCGCAUGAUUGAGGUCGUCAAUAUGCUCCUCAAACGCGCCAUGGAGCCUACACAAAUGAUGGUGUCCAACUUGGUCAAGAUUGAAUUGGCGUACAUCAAUACUAGUCACCCCGACUUUAUCGGAGGGUCUCGUGCUGUGGCCCAGCUGAUGGAAAAAGUCGGAAAAGAGAACGAUGACAGGAGAAGUACACUUCAGAGUGGGAGUGUUGCCGGUGUCUCCAACAACCCGCUCUCUCCCACUGUCUACAGAAAUGCCUCCGAGAAUUUUGACGAUGACAACGGAGUCUUUCCGGAUGGAGGACCAGGUGAUAGUGGCAUUAUGAACUUUAUUUUUCGCGGCAAACCGACUGUGCAGCCGCAGAGGCACCGUGGAAACUCGGGGCCAUCAUCCGUCGUCCAUCUGCCGCAAGUACCGGACACGAUGAAGCAAACAGACACACCACCUACCGAAAGGGAUCAAGUGGAAAUGCAAGUGAUCAAAUCAUUGAUUGAUUCCUAUUUCAAGAUUGUCAGAAAGAACUUUGUGGAUCUUGUUCCAAAAACCAUCAUGUACUACCUGGUCAAUCAUGUGAGAGAUGCAAUGCAAAACGAGCUCGUGAGCGAGCUCUACCGUGAUGCGGAAGUUGGCAAUCUGAUGCAAGAAGCUGAGGACAUUGCUCAACGUCGCCAAACUUGCGAAGAGAUGAGUGAUUUGCUCGGAAAAGCGAUGGAUAUCGUCACCGAGGUCAGGGAUUUCAAUACAUUCAAAUGA